ACUUCGUUGAAACGAAACAACAGUCGGCUCGCCGGGCUUCUCAUUGUUGAUGCUCCCGUGCAUGCUGUCAAGGACGCUUGGCUUGUGCCUUAGUAUCAUGUUGAUACAGUAUCACGUCUUUUACAUAUUCCGUUCAAAAUGCUGACAGUAGUGAUCCUCAUUCAGAACCUGCGAUGGAUGGUCCCGACCACGUUUAUGAUUGGAGCAGCUCCCGCAUACAUUACAGUGUGGACCGCUUGGCGAGCACUCUCUGCCAUUCUUCCUCGAUGGGUUUAUGUGAAGGGAGACGAUUUUUUGUUCUCCACUUACAAGCGGAAUGUUCUAUUCUGUUUUGAAACGCUUACAGGCACAGAGUUGAUGUUCUAUGGUGACCCAGAGUCCAUGAAAGAGCUGGUCCUUGGUGAAAACGCACUGUAUAUCUCCAAUCAUCAAUGCACGGUGGACUGGGUGAUGGCCAGCUCUGUGGCGCUACGACGAGGCAGCUUAGGCCGAUUGCGUUAUGUGUUGAAGGAUGGCCUGAGAUAUUUGCCUUUGUAUGGAUUUUACCUUGGGAUGCAUGGCUCAGUUUUUGUGAAAAGAGCUGGAAGAUUUAGCAAGGAGAAAGCAGAGAAGCAGUUAUCUCGAGAUGCCAAAGAUAAAAAACCUAUGUGGUUGGUAAUAUUUCCAGAGGGAACUCGCUUUAAUCCGGAAUUGCCUAACGUAAUUGAGGAGAGUAAACAGUUUACUCAGAGUCAGGGCCUGGAACCCCUGAAUACUGUCCUCUACCCACGGAUACGAGCCGUACAAGUCUGUGUGGAGCAGCUGAGGAACUCCGUAGAGUCGCUCUAUGACGUGACUCUGGCGUACAGCAACACAUUUGACUAUGAUAAAGGGCAACGUCGGCCUUCUCCUACAAUGCAAGACUUCCUCAUGGGCCAUUCUCAACGUGUUCAUGUCCACAUCCAACGCAUUCCCAUCUCUGAUGUACCUUCUGAACCCGAAGAGCUGAAGACAUGGCUGUACCAGAGGUUUCAAGAAAAGGAAAAAUUGUUGAAUUAUUUCUACUCAGCUCCUUCGGACAAGGAAGCAAAGUUUCCCGGUGAAGCCAUAACAAAGCCUUUACCUCUGACGUAUGUUCUUCCCUCCUUCCUGUUAUGGGGUGGAGCAUUCGCUGUGGCUAAUUGGUUCAAGCAGUCCCGAGAUCUGUACUGGAAGGCGGGGUCGAUUAUUGGCUGUGCUGGUCUUAUAUGGAUGGGAAUUCAUCGCUAACAGCUGUUUGUGACAUAGUUAUGAUCUUUAUGCAAGGGACUCUUAGCCGGAGGGUUCCGUCUUUAAUAAAUUGCAAAGUUCAUAGAGCCUACUCUUUAGUUGAGAUGUGUGCUUUAUAAAUGCAAUCUGUUAUUAUUAUUAUUGAUACAUAAUCUUUUUGUUCUGGAGCUUCCUCUGACUAGUUUUAGCUGCCUCUGCAUGCCAGACUCCCUAAUGCCCUCAGGGCAGAUUCAUCAUAUAUACCGGUUUAGUCUCUUAUAAGAUGACAGGAGCUUUUAGAUUCAAACUAAGUAUGAGAGAUUGGGAUUUUUGCUGUCUUCAUCCAAUGCUAGUCAUUUUGUAAAUUUGUUUUGGUAAAAGAAUGCAAAUAAGGUUUGCUCUGGAUAUGUAGACAGUAUACAAUAUCUUUGUGUAAGCAACAACUGACUUUUAGGUUUAUAAAAAGAGGGACUGCUUUAUCUGUGGCGUAUUCAAAGUAUUGCUAUAGUCUUAAGCGCAUGAUCAGUGACGUGAAUGUUUUUUUGACUGUCUGUCUGUCUGUCUGUAAAGUUUUUAAAUUAGGACGAGUGAGAGAUUGAGUUGAAAAAUGGCAUAAACUGUUCUAUUUUUCUAUCUGUGUACAAAUUCUCAUAUGUUGUGGGUUGAGCUUGGCUAUUUAUAAUGUAUAUUUUGUACAUAUUACUUUAGGUGAACACAAUUUUAUUUGGAAGAACGUUUUGUCUGAAUUUGUGGCCUACUGCAGAAGAUAUGAAGGGACAAAAAUGCUUAGGGUUGUAAUAGUACGAAUGACUAGUAUUAUUUUUUAUGCGUUUUUAUGUUCCCCUCAAGUUUAGUGGAUAGUGUGGCAGUGACAGUAAAAAAAAAUGUGUCCAUUGAUAUCCAAGCAUUUUUCAAUGUGGCUAUUAUACAGCUGAUAAUUUUAUCAGAUAAUAUUACUAAUAUCUACCUUUUUAAAAAAUUUGACGUGAGCGUGUUUUUGGCCUUUUGCAUGCUUUGUUGAGAUGAAGAAUUUACAUUUUGUUUCUGAGAUGAAUGUUACUUGUGUAUGAUCAGAAAGUAUGGAGUGUUUGCAAAUCUUCUGUGCAUUUACUAUCAUUUCUUUGUCAUCUCUCUGUGUCUUUUUCUGACACUACAACAAACAAACAAGAGAUGUGACUAUUGUGAGUAGUUAAUGGUGAGCUGUACACUGAAUCUGAUCACAGCAAGGAUUAUCUAUGUAGAUGCAGCAUACUGUACAUUUAAGUUUAAGAGAACAAUGGCAUGUUCUGGGGACAACGAAAAUUUGAAUGUUGAUAGACAAAUGUUUUUUUUUAUGGAGCUGUGGAUAAAGUGUGUUAGCUGUUUCCCAUUAUGUUUCAUGUCAUGGAUACUGAGAUCCGAAUUAUUAUUUUUGUGUGUGUGUGCUUCCCGGAAUGAUUCCGUUCAGUCUGCUGUCCUGCUAGAGGACUUGAGUUUUUCCGUUGAAAUUCCCUGGAUGUGGUCCAACGGGUUGUUAAAUUUAUCAGCAAAUACUGCUUUCCCUUUCUCAAAUUGACUUAUAAAUGGGAAAAGUAAUGUAAUAAUAUAGACA